AUGGCAAAGUCUUUUCUGAGCCUCGUAGGCAAUACUACGUCUUUCAAAAAAGUUGACCUUUUCGAUUCCGAACCGAUCUUGCUCUUCUGCUAUACAAAUGUUUUUAAUCCCUCUCGAAAUUUCCAAGGACUGCCGAUGGGCGCGCCUGAAAAUCCCGCCGGCAUUCUGCUUGGCUAUCUCGAGCUGAACCUCUUGCCCUACCUCAAUAAGCCGACGCUGGAAGAUUUCUCUGCGCAAGAGCUCUUCUUGACUCUCCAACACCCGACGAACCCCCUCCUCUUGAGCAGAAAUCAAAUAGGCCUGAUAUAA